UGUUGAAUUUUUAUGUUCAUCUAAAUGGAAAAAUUUUUAUUUGAUUUGUGCAAAAAAAUAAAAUAAUUAAACAAUGAAUAAAGAAACAGAUUUGGAAUUUAUCAAGCUUGUACAAAGCUAUCCUAUUCUAUAUGACAGAGAACAAUCACGCGGCCAAAAGAAUUCCAAUAUGAAAAAUGAAGCCUGGCAGGAGAUAGCACAAAUUAUAAAGAAAUCUGAAAUUGCGUGUAUAACCCGCUGGAAAUCUAUAAGAGACAGAUUUGGCAAGGAAUACCGACGACAACAAGAAAAUUCACAAGACACCACAAAUUGGGAAUUAUUUCCGCAUUUGCUGUUUCUAAAGGAUCACUAUAAACAAGGAUCUGCCCGUAAUGAUGCUAUAGAAUCAAUUAAGUAUGCCCCUCGUGUACGCAAAACGAAACCAAAAAGAGAAUAUGCUAAUAAUGAUGUGGAAGAGGAAAUAAAGCCGGAGGAAUUGGCUUUAAAUCAAAAUAUAAUUGCCUUGGUUAAACAGCAUGAUGUGCUGUAUGAUAGCAAAAGAGUUAGGGAUUCAAAGAAUUUGGCAGCUAAAAACGAAGCCUGGACGACAAUUGCAAACACUUUGGAUGUUACAGAGCAAGUUUGUUACACGAAGUGGAAAAAGUUAAGAGAUCGCUUUUCAAGAGAAUAUCGCCAGCUACAACUGCAUCCGGAGAGACCAAUAACAUGGAUAUAUUUUAACGAUUUAAAAUUUUUACAAAAUCACUAUAGAAGAGGAAUUCCCCUACCCGUGGACGAAAUAAGAUCUAAAACGAAAUUAUCUCCAGUUUAUAAUGAAAAUCCCUGGGGCGAUGAUUUAAACAAAUCAUUUGGUUAUUCCGACAGUGCUGAUCAACAAAAUGAUGAUCAGGAUAGCAGUGAUCAUCUGAUUGCAGAGGAGACAACAGUUAUGAAUGAUCUGGACGAACUCCUAUAUAUAGCCCCUAAGAAACAGUGUCUCUCUGACACUCGCAAUGAUUCCCCAAUACAAGUAUCGUAUCAUGUCUCACACGAUAUGACCACAACUAAUCCCGUCACUUCAACAUCUUAUACCAACACAACAACGAACGCAUCUAUAUAUCCCACAAGCUUUAGUGAAACAUCAGCCGUGAAUUCAAGUCCUUCAGAGGCCGAACAAAAACUACAAAAUGUUAUAUCCAAUAUGGAGUGUGUUUUGCAACAGUCGCAGGAUUGUCUCAAAGCUGUACAGCAGCAAAAAGAAACAUUUAAACAGGAAAUAUUACAAAAAAGUAAUAGUAUUAAUCUGCAGACGGAAAUGUUGCAAAAGGUUAAUGUUUUAUUAGAUGGCCUGCAACCAGAGCAACGCAACAAGGCCGAACGUAAAAUACUGCAAUUUUUAUGUGAAUGUCAGAUUAAAAUAUUAAAUAAUGAGGAAAUUAAUGACGUAAAACCUGUAAAUAUAUAUUAGUGUUUAGUGUUUUUUGUUUUAUUAAAAUUAAACAAUAAAGUUAUAGAUUAAUAUAUGUUUUAAUAGCAUUAUUGAAGACUUUAAAAUCCUAUAGCUUUUAAACGAAGAGAAUGUAGGCAAAAACCUUUUUUAUGUUUUUAAUAAAGUCAUUAAAAUUAUCAAAAUAUAA